UUUGUCACGAGCACAAUAUCUAUGCUACUUCACGCCUCAGUCGUUUUCAGCUUGACAGGGUUGUUGCAACUAGUAUUAAAAAGGUUGGGCCUACAUAUGGCCGAAAAUUAAUGACUGGUUUUUUGGCAUCUCAAUCUUUUAGAUGCUCUCAAAUUCGUGUUGGAGAGUCAUUAAAGUGUGUUCAUCCUAAUUAUCAUGUGCAGCGUCAGCGGUCCACUGCUAGACAGAUGAAUCCAGUUCCUUAUUAUGCUUCCUAUUUCGGGGAAAAAUUACAUAUUGACCAGAACGAAAAACUUGCUAUGUUUGGCUUAACUCACGUCUGUGCUAUUGACGGAUUCAGUGGUAGAAUUGUUGGGUUUUCACUUAUGCCUCAAAAGAAUAACAUAGUGGUGUAUGAACAAUUGUACAAGAGUGUAAUUAAUAAUUAUGGCCUUUGGGAUCAAAUAAGAGUAGAUUGCGGUAGAGAAUGGUACCUAAUGCUUUUCAUCAAUCAAAUGUUUGCUCACUUAAGGACCAGCACUACAAAAGAACCACACCUCCAAUCUUCUUCAAAAUUGAAUCACACAAUAGAAAGAAUAUGGGUGGAAGUGAAUUCUCGAGUAAACUAUCCUAUUAAGCAGGCUUUGAUGGAUUUAGUAGAAAGUGAUCUAAUAAAUACAGAAGAUCCCAUUCACAAAUAUUGCAUUUCUUGGUUCAUUAUUCAAGUGGCUAGUAUAGGCACAUCAAUUUUUGUGAAUUCAUGGAAUGAACAUCCAAUUCCAGGACAUAAGAAUGGCAUUAUACGAAGAGGUGUUCCAAAUGUUUUAAUGAAGCAGAGCAGUAAUGCUAAAAGAAUUAAUCCAAAUUUACUUCCAAGCUCAAGCCAAGCAGUACGAAUUUAUACUUCAAGUGGAGGCGUACUAACAGAGCCAUAUCAGUUUGGCAUUGACCCUAUUGCUCACAGUGUUGAAAAGAAGUCAAUCAGACACAUGUCAUUCACACAGAAGUUUCCAUCAUUUGAUAAUAUAUUUCACGAAAUCGUAAAUGGGAAUUCAUCACCAUUUAAAAAUGCACUUAUUUUUUUCAUUGACAUCACUAAACGUCUUUCAUUGUCUUAAUACUUUUGCUGUUUUAUUUCAGUACAUGAUUUCUUCUUUUAUCAUCAA